AUGUCUCGUCUUGUUCGCAUCGCAGUUGUCGCGUUGCAGCUUUGGCUGCUUUCCAGCGUCGUCAAUGCGGAUGCCGUCUUGGAUCUCUGGACAAAGGGACAGCCGUCACUUGAUGCUCAACUCGCAAAGUCGACGACCUGCACCAAGGAAAAGCUACAGAUUCGCAAAGAAUGGGGAGAUCUCACCGACACUGAAAAGUCAAGCUACAUCAACGCGGUACUAUGCCUGACCAAGAAGCCGUCACAGCUGGACGCGACGCAGUAUCCUGGGGCCAAAACUCGUUAUGAUGACUUUGUCGCUGUUCAUAUGAACCAGACUCUCAGCAUACAUGGCACGGGUAGCUUCCUCUCCUGGCAUCGAUACUACACCUGGUCAUAUGAGCAGGCCUUGAGAAAUGAGUGUGGCUACAACGGCACCCAGCCGUACUGGAAUUGGGGGCGUUGGGCUGCCGAUCCCGAGUCAUCGCCAAUCUUUGACGGUUCUGCGCUGAGCAUGAGCGGAAAUGGAGAGAAGACCUCGCACACUGGCCAGAUUGUAACCGGCAACGGCGGUGGCUGUGUCACCUCUGGUCCGUUCAAGAACCUCACUGUAAACCUCGGGCCCAUGAGCCCAGCCAUAUCGCCCGCGCCCACCAAGAACUCGAGAGCCGACGGCAUGGGUUACAAUCCGCGCUGUCUGCGGCGCGACAUUAGCAACAAGCUGUCGUCGCAGUACUCGCGCACCGAGGACAUUGUCAAGCUCAUCACCGGCAACUCGGCCAUCGGGACGUUUCAAAACACCAUGCAGAGCACGGCGCCCAUCAAUGUCCACGUGGCUGGCCACUUUACCAUCAACGGCGAUCCUGGCGGCGACUUUUACAUUUCACCAGGUGACCCGGCUUUUUGGCUCCACCACGCCAUGAUUGACCGGACCUGGGCCAUCUGGCAGCUCCAGGACUUUGCCAAUCGACAACAAGUCAUUGCGGGAGGAUCCUCCAUGAUGGGCACCGGCAAGGCGCAGAGCCUGGACGACAAUAUUAAUCUGUACGCGGUGAACUCCAAGGUGUACAAGAUUCGCGAACUGGUUAGUCUGGUGGACGGGCCGUUUUGCUAUUACUAUGCAUGA